UGAGAAGGCUUUUUUUGGUUGUAGUGGAGAUCGGUAGCCGCCGCUGGCUGAGAGCUCUGGAGUUAGAGCUCUGGAGUUAGAGCAUUGGCUUUCACAGUUGAUGCGUCGACGACGCGAGGUUUUGGGGUUUUGAGGGAUUCCGCUUUGUAGAGUUGAGUGAGUUGGAGAAGUGCGGCUUGAUGAGCUUCUGCAGGUUCGGGAUUUCUACCAACUUGGUGUUGUUGCGACGUAUUAUACAGCCUUGGAGGAGUUGGAAUUGGGCUGGGGGCGUGCUGCGUUGCUGUUCUGGGGUUGCGGUAGACGGGUAGUGCUGGUGCAGCCAUGACGGCUGCGAAAGGCGAGCUGCCGCAGCAGCAAAACCAACUCAGUGAUUACCAGGCUUUAACCGAGGAGGAGGUUAUGAUCGUAGCCCGCGGCUGGGUGUUGAAAGCGCUCAAGUCUGGCUCAGAUGGUGUUGAUAAGGGGCAUUACAUGCACCUCUGCGAAACCGUGCGUGACCCUCGGCUGCACUUAGACGACGGUGCGCCCGAGCUGGCCGUUCGGAUUAACGCGCUUUCGCAGACUGUGUCGUACUUGAACGAACGCUCCCACAGGACUCUCUUGCAGUACCUGCUUGGGAUGAGCAUUUGGACUUACAGUUAUGAAGUGGUGGACGCGCUUCUGUCUUUUGUAGUUAAUUUGUCGACUGCCAAUGGCUGCUUUGUGCCUGAUUGCUUGGAUAUGUUGGUGCGGAAUUUUUUGCCCCCUUCAUGUGGACUCCCUUCGUUCUUUGACUCGUUCAGCAGAACCGGAUUGAUGAUGGGGAUCACUACCAUGGACAAGCUGAAGUCCCAAGGUGCUGAGCAUCUCGCGAAGAAGGACAAGGUCUUGGAACGUCUCCAUUCUGCUCUUGUUCGAACUGUGGAUCUUGUUCCCACUGCCGCUUUUCGGCUGCAGCAUAUUGUCGUACAGAGAAUGCCUCACAGGACAUGUGACAAGCAGUGGCUGGCUCUCUACGUAGAGAAUAUGCUGAGGUUGGAAAGUAGUUCCUUGAGCAGUGCACUUGGAGGGCAGAUGCUGUCACUUAUUGUUGACCGUCUCAUCGAGAUUGACGUGGAGAUCAGAUGGGAGGAUAUAUUGAGAGAGGAGGACAGUAGUAAAGUUUUCAUGUUUCACAUGAACCUUGAAGAUGAUGACUUAUUUGGAGCUAACGAUGCUGACGAAGGUUUCUCUGUUGUCGAUUCUUCUGGACCUGGCUGUGAAGCUAAGCAACAGAUUCAAGCAGCUGGGAAUAGGUCUGUCCUUAACGGAGUAUUACCAACCUUGGAUGAAAUGGCCGAUAAGAUGGACCUGAUUAUGGAUAUGACUCUUGAUCACCUCCAUACCUGUGUUCAAAAUGGUCACGGAGAUUUAGUGUUUGAGACUUUAAUGAGGUCGUUUCAAACAACAAUUCUGGACACCUACAAGUCUAAGUUCACGCAAUUUCUUAUUUUUUACCUCUGUUCACUUGCUCCCUCAACCUGUGGAAACACAUUUGCAUCUCUUCUUUGUGACAUUUUCGAAUCCAAGACCCGGCCUCCGAACACUCGGAUGUCUGCUGCUGCGUACUUGGCAAGCUACCUUGCUAGAGCAGGGUACCUCCCGUUGACCGUUGUAGUUGAAUCUGUGAGGCGGUUGUUGGAUUGGUGUGUGUCGUAUGCUCAGUUGGCUCAAGAUCGAAGAAAUCCGACAAUGACAACUGCCGAUCCAGUUUUGCAUGGAGUAUUUUAUUGUGCAUGCCAAGCUGUAAUGUAUGUUCUCUGUUUCCGAUUGAAGGAUUUGACUGAGGAUCAACGGCUCAAACGUGUUCUUCGGACCCUACCUCUUCAGGAGUUGGUGGAACAUCAUUUAAAACCUCUGAAAGUUUGUUUACCAUCUGUGGUUGACGAAUUUGUAAAGCAAGCCAGCAUUGCACAACUUGUGGAUUGCAGGCAGUGGUCGAACACCAGGGACGCGACGGCUGUACAAUCUGCUGGUUCCUUCGGUGGUGAAGGGAGACUGGACAUGUUUUUCCCGUUCGACCCCUACCUACUCAGGGAAUCAGACAGGUUUAUACGGCCCCAUUUCAUUCAGUGGGCUAUGGUUGAGCCUCCUGAAAUUAUUGAAGAGUAUUCUGACGAGGAUGAUGACUUCGUGAAUCAGACGUUUUCUGAGCCAACUUCUUCGUGGGAAGACGAUUCUCUUUCUGAUAUGCAGGAUAUGCAUGACAUGGCUGUUGCAUCAUCAAUUAUGGGAACUGUCGACCAUGGUUUCAUGUUUGAGGACGACAUGGGUAACGAUGAGUUCAGGGACAGGCAUGGAAGAUCUGACAUUGUCACCACCAGAGGGUUCGAUGUCGACAGAUUCCGCGAUGACAAUGGAAGCUUUCAUGGCCCGGAUUUGGUUGAAUCAUUCUUGGAUCACAUGUCAUACACCCCACCUAGGGAGUUGACCAGAAUGCCUGCUAGACUUCCGGCCGUGCUUCACCCAUCGUUGUUUACAUGAUGUGGAUGUUCAAUCACUUUGUAUGAUACUUUAUUUAACUGGUUGAGAGUUAAUUAUCGAUACUAUGACUUAUUCGGUCAGGGGUGGUGCGCAUACGACAAUUUUGAAUUUAGCGGGCUCCGUGAGGCUUGCAGAAACUCUCCAGUUGAAGCUGUAGGGAAUUACUGCUGCUUGUCUCAUCUUAAGCAAAUGAGCAGGCCCAGUCAGUUUUGUACCCCACAUUAUCUACUGUAUUAGACCAUGAUAGUUAUCUAUAGAGUUUUGCAUAGUAUCCAAACGCGUGAUUGUUGGUGUUCAUAUGAGUGUUGAAUCUGCGGUUCUUGGGAAACACUUUAUCAAUUAGAGUUAGUGUAGGCAUUCAUGGACUGCAUUCGAAGAGGCGCGUCAGCGUGUGCCCUUUGAAAAAUUCGUAAAUUCAUGAAAACGAUUUUUUGUGAGAUGCCUAAUAAAUCUAUUGCGUUUUGGUGUGACUCAAGCUUUUUCAA